CACUCUUCGUCCUGCACGCUGAGCGGGAGGCGAGCAGCGCACGGUGGACCGGGCGCCUCCCGCGCACCGGGGGACCGCGGACGACCGGCGCGGGACGGCCACCUGGAGAGCAGCGGCCAGGUCUGAACGGUGAUGGCACUUAUUUCUGUUACGAGUUUCUCAGUGGACUGUGGAUUGACUGAACUAUACCCAUUCCCAUCAUGAUGUAUACCACCAAGGCUCCUCACUACACCUGUGUUCUAAUUAGAGGUGAAAUAAAUGACAUUCAGAACUUCCACUAAGGUACUAUAAGCUUUCGUGGCGACAUGGCAUCUGGUUUCUUUCUACAAGGAAAGUUCAGCACACAGCACAGUCAUUGAUACAUUGGAUUGGUUUGAGGAUCCUACCUGGAGUAGACUAUGUCAGAGAGUCACCAUGACCUUGCACAAUAACAAUACAACCUCACCCUUGUUUCUGAACAUCAGCUCUUCCUGGAUUCACGGCCCUUCGGAUACAGGGCUGCCCCCAGGAACGGUUACUCAUUUUGGCAGCUACAACAUUUCUCGGGCAGCUGGGAAUCUCUCCUCUCCAAAUGGCACCACCAGUGACCCUCUAGGAGGUCAUACCAUCUGGCAGGUGGUCUUCAUUGCAUUCUUAACAGGCGUCCUGGCCUUGGUGACCAUCAUUGGCAACAUCCUGGUGAUAGUGGCAUUCAAGGUCAACAAGCAGCUGAAGACAGUCAACAAUUACUUCCUCUUAAGUCUGGCCUGUGCUGACCUGAUCAUUGGGGUCAUUUCAAUGAAUCUGUUUACUACCUACAUCAUCAUGAACCGAUGGGCGUUAGGGAACCUGGCCUGUGACCUCUGGCUGUCCAUUGACUACGUGGCUAGCAAUGCCUCCGUCAUGAACCUUCUGGUCAUCAGCUUUGACAGAUACUUUUCCAUCACGAGGCCACUCACGUACCGAGCCAAACGAACAACAAAGCGAGCUGGUGUGAUGAUAGGUUUGGCUUGGGUCAUCUCCUUCAUCCUUUGGGCUCCUGCCAUCUUGUUCUGGCAAUACUUUGUUGGCAAGAGGACUGUGCCUCCAGGGGAGUGUUUCAUCCAGUUCCUCAGUGAGCCCACCAUCACCUUUGGUACGGCCAUCGCUGCCUUUUAUAUGCCUGUCACCAUCAUGACUAUUUUAUACUGGAGGAUCUAUAAGGAAACUGAAAAACGUACCAAAGAACUUGCUGGGCUGCAGGCCUCUGGAACAGAGGCCGAGGCAGAGAACUUUGUCCACCCCACGGGCAGUUCUCGAAGCUGCAGCAGCUAUGAGCUCCAGCAGCAGAGCAUGAAACGCUCAGCCAGGAGGAAGUACGGACGCUGCCACUUCUGGUUCUCAACCAAGAGCUGGAAGCCAAGCGCCGAGCAGAUGGAUCAAGACCACAGCAGCAGCGACAGCUGGAAUAACAAUGAUGCUGCUGCCUCCCUGGAGAACUCUGCCUCCUCCGAUGAGGAGGACAUUGGCUCAGAGACCAGAGCCAUCUACUCCAUCGUGCUCAAGCUCCCAGGUCACAGCACCAUCCUCAACUCCACCAAACUACCCUCAUCCGACAACCUGCAGGUGCCGGAGGAGGAGCUGGGGACGGUGGGCUUGGAGAAGAAAACCAGCAAGCUUCAGGCCCAGCAGAGCAUGGACGACGGAGGCAGCUUUCAGAAAAGCUUCUCCAAGCUUCCCAUCCAGUUAGAGUCUGCCGUGGACACAGCCAAGGCCCCUGAUGUCAACUCCUCAGUGGGUAAGACCACGGCCACUCUACCUCUGUCCUUCAAGGAAGCCACGCUGGCCAAGAGGUUUGCUCUGAAGACCAGAAGCCAGAUCACGAAGCGAAAACGGAUGUCCCUCAUCAAGGAGAAGAAAGCGGCCCAGACCCUCAGCGCCAUCCUGCUUGCCUUCAUCAUCACCUGGACCCCCUACAAUAUCAUGGUCCUGGUGAACACCUUUUGUGACAGCUGUAUCCCCAAAACCUAUUGGAAUCUGGGCUACUGGCUGUGCUACAUCAACAGCACGGUGAACCCCGUGUGCUAUGCCCUGUGCAACAAAACGUUCAGAAACACGUUCAAGAUGCUGCUUUUGUGCCAGUGCGACAAGAGGAAGAGGCGUAAGCAGCAAUACCAGCAGAGACAGUCGGUCAUCUUCCACAAGCGGGCGCCCGAGCCGGCCUUGUAGAACGGGGUGCGUUCAGCAGCCGCCAGCACACGCACACGUCAACCCAGAACCUUAGGAGGGCGUAAGGUGAGGGUGGGGGUGAUCUCUGGCGCGGAUUAACGUGUUUUUAUCACCCAGACGUGAAAGAAGCUGCCUGUUUCCCGGUCCGUUAAAAUAGACCCAUUUUAAUGUCAAAAGUCAAAUACCUAUUCAGCCAAAAAUAAGUAAGCUCAUUACUGAAUAUGAAGGAAUUUAUUCUGAAACAGACUUUGUUUUUUCUUAAAGAGAAGGAAAUAAUUUUUUUCAUAGCAAUUACACACCCAGAUUGGUCUGCCUGGGUCUUUUCAUUCCCAUGGGCUCUGGAAUCCCGGUGAGCGUAACUAGCUGGCCCAUUGUCACAUGCUCUCCAAGGAUCCCCAAAGUGUCCAUCGGAUCCCACGUGGAACAUGUCAGGCUAGUGAAUCCAUGGUUCUGAAAUUCUUUCAUACAUUGCAAAACAGCACCUCCUCAUCCCAGUAGAGCUCUCCGUCUUCUCAUGGGUGUGUCAUUAAACUCUCUUUGUGGACUUGAUUCUUGCAAAGUACUAUUUUGUGCAGUUCAAGUUUCAUACAAGUAAAAGAUAUAUAAGUAUAUAUGUAGAUAUAUAUGUGUGUGUGUGUGUGUGUGUGUGUAUGUGUGUGAAUUCCACGCACACACACGUAGUGUAUAUAAUAUAAUGGGAAUUAAUGAACUGGCAAAUUACUCCGGCAAUAGAUUCUUUCAGUACUUUGGUGACUAAAGUUUCUCUAGGAUCCUAACGCAACGUAGGAUUGAAAUAAACCCAGUAGUGUUUUGGAAGCCAGGGCUGUUUUCCUGGAGAAUAGGCAGCAGACAGCAGCCAGGCCCUCUGGGCUGAUCUGUGUAGGACAGUCAGCCUAGUGAGUCAGAUGAGCACCACGGUCUGACCAGAUUCUGAGUAAGUUGUCACCUUUGUUGACACCCUCAACAAAGCUAAAUCAAAUGGGGGCCCCCUCUGUGCCCAAAGAAUGAGUCACAUCCACGGGUUUGAAUUUCAUGGUCCAAAUCUGAAUGUUUCCAACCAAAACCUUUGCUAUCUUACCUGCUUGAAAUUUAAUAAUAGUGUCACAUUUGAAUUUCAUGCACAACAUUACCUGGGGCAAAGCAGAAGAGACCUUGUGAGGGCCAGAGAGGAACACAGGAUUCGAUUUCCUGCUACUCAACAUCUUUAAACGCAAAAGGGCUUAACACUCUUGUCACUUUGCUGGGGCCAGUGCUUUUGUGUGACCUUCACCCAGAAUAGGUGGGGGUUGGCAAGUCCCAAAUCCUCUGAAGAAAGUGUUACACUCUGAAAAGUAUUGCUGCAAAUUGACUUCUUUAGUACGUUUCUAAAAAGUGAUUUUUGUGUUCUCUUCUGAAUUGACCCAAAUGCUAACCGUUCUGUUUGGGGGAGGGGAGGGGCGCUGCUGUGGCUGUCAUCUGUGUUGCUGCUAUAGUCGUUGGGGUUCCUUUUCUCCUUGUGGGGGCUGCGUGGGGAGUGGGAGGGGUGGGAGGCGGGGGGCUGAGGAGAAAUCUUCUGUCUGUACAGGGUCUCUGUGUCGUGAACCCAGAGCCAGGUUAGAAGCUGCUUCUGUGUUCAGUGUGAGCUGGUGUUUACAGCAGAUUUUGACAACAGUGGAACUGUACUCAGUUGUGUCUGUGUUCCUGAACUAUUUAAUUUCAUGUUAUGUUUAUAAGAAGACAUAUUUAUGCAUAUUUCACCAAGUGUCUAUUUAAUGUUGAUAAAUAUUACUCUUCAGUCUUCAGCAAUGGUUGUCCCUUGAAAGUGAUUGUUAAGGUCCACUUAAGCAAUGAGUAGGGUAUAUUGUGCUUUCUCGUUGCUAAGAAGAGGAAAACGUCAUCCUGUUGGUGUCAGGAGGUACCUAACUCUGUCUAGGUAGUAAAAAGUCAACUGCAACUUUAUCGUAAUGGUUUGAUACUGUUCUAGUUAAACCUGAUGGGAACUGAUCAAAGCAACCCUCCACCAGUGUGCUUGAAAUCACAUGACAAGGGGUAAAAAGCAAAUCUGCAUAAUUGAAAGAGUGAUUUUUUUGGGCCCACAUUUGACCAAAGAGUAAGAAAAAAACAGAGACUACUCUCUAACGUGUGUAGCAGACUACAGAAUGUUAUAUUAUCAACCUGUGAAAUGUCUAGUGAGCAAGUGCAUCUAUAUUUUAUUACUCACGUUGGCCUGGCACUAAUAAAUUUGUGAAUGCUGAUUUAAGUCUCCCUGUACAUCAGUAAUUCCCAUUCUCUUUGAAACUCCUAUCUUGCCUUCCUCUUGAAAGGCUGUUUCCUGUAUUUUAAAAAGAUAGAAUUAAAUUUAAGACAUGGAGAAACCCUAAGCUUUAGUGGAACUGUGAAGUUUAAUAACAGGUAUAUUUAAACAUGAUUAUCUCCUGAAUCCUGUCCCUUUAUGAUGCUGACAAUGGAAGAAAUGAAAGACAUUUAAGACAUCAGCUCUCUUUUUGUGUUACUGGUUUAAUUAUAGAAUUAUUUUUAAAUCUCCUGUGGGUGAAAACUGCUUUUAAAUACUGACUGACUCUGUUUAUAGAAAUGUAUGUCCCACUGACUCUGUUUAUGGAAAUGUAUGUCCAACUCUUAGAUCAUUAUCAGGAGAGGAAAAUAAGAAAAAUUAUUUUGAACACGAAGAAUUUAGAAGUAUAAUCAAGAUGUAGUGAAAUGUUUAACACUGGACCAUGCAUUUCUCAAAGGACUUGUCACCAGCAAAGGUAUUCAGCAUUUACAUAUGAUCAUCCCCAAAAUGGGAAACAAAUUGCUUCAUUCCAUAAAAAUGAAGUUUGCAGAGUUUUCAUGAUUAUGUAAAAUUGAGAAAGUAAAAGAAUCAAACCUAAAUAAACUACAUGUGAAGAAUCUACACCCACCCCAACAUACACAAACAUGUUCUUCCAUUCUCUAUUCUCCAGGGUCUACCAACUGGUUAAGAGAAGUGAGCUCUAUGAUCCUGCAUUCCCCCUGAUUCUGUCUUUUCCCUGGUGGCUCAGAUGGUAAAGAAUCUGCCUGUAAUGCAGAACUGUGUUCAAUCCCUAGGUGAGGCAGAUCUCCUGGAGAAGGGAAUAGCAAACCACUCCAGUAUUCUUGCCUGGAGAAUUCCAUAGACAGAGGAGUCUGGUAGGCUACAGUUUAUGGGGUCACAAAGAGUCAGACACAACUGAGUGACUAACACUUUCACUUUUCAUUUUCACUGCUCUCUUUUAUCCAUCACCUAUACCUGUGGCCUUUCUCUAGUUCUCUGUAUUAUCCUGAAUCAUCUUUGACUUCAAAUCUAGCCUUGAAUCUCCAAAUAAGUUCCAUUUCUAGUCACUCUUUCACAUAUAAUAGUUCUAGAUUCUGGUAGAAAAAAAAAAAAAAACAUAAGAAAGCAUAAGCUUUAGAAGUUGCAGGAUCUAAAGAUCUAGAAGGCAUAGGAGCUUUCUCUGUCAACCCCCUCUGUGUACAGAUAGGCAAGUUCAUUGCUCUGCGAUGGGGUGAGAGCCCUUUGUGCAUCACUUGUGAGAAGUGGGGUACACAGCUCUGAUGCAGAGUUAGCUGCCUCAGGUCUAUCUUAGGAAGGGAGAAGACACCAAGGCUCAGGCACAGUGGAGAAACCUGUUGGAGACAAUGUGAGACAGAGGCAGAGCCUGGGGAUCAUUCUGGGUGCCCCAAGACUUAUCCAAGUAGAGAAGAUUCCCAGAUGGGGACAUAUAGUUGAUAAACUGGACAGUUCAUCACAGCAGCUUCAGAGGACAAGUGAAGGUCCUCAAAGAAGCUCUGAACUUAGCAUGAGGAACCCUGAACUCUUGGCCCAGUUCUGUCAACAAGUAAUUACGUGUCCUCUGCCAUGCUUGUCACUUACCCUUAAACUCACUGGGUCAUCUCCAUCUGCUCCUACUCAUUAGUGACAUAAAAGCAUCGCCUUCUUGUAGCAAACAGGUCAAAUUGAGGCAGGGCAUUAGGUAAAUAACUACCAUGAUGAAUGUAAAUUCUUUGUCGAUGAACACUUGAAGCAUUUUGAUUUUAUAUAUCCAUCAGAGUUAUUUCCUUAUAUUUCAACACAGCAAACUCUAAGGAACUCUCACAAUUUGUGGAUAAACCUAGAAUUUUAUUGCAAAUACCUCAGUCCAGGAUGAUCACCUAAGGCCUGACGACCUUAAAAGCAGAGUUGCUGGGUAGCUGGUGUUUGUUUUGGUUUCUCAGUGGCAUUUCCUGAAAUGGACUGAAACUGUAGAACACAACACCCAAAACAGUGAUCGUUUCUUCAAUCUGACAUCUCUCCUUGUAUUAAUACCAGCUCCUCUAAAAGAGUAUUUUCUGUUUCCCUUUACAGUCCUAGGUUAGGCUGACUUUCCUUGUGUUUUCAUGACUCUAUAUUGUAGGAAUUCAGUCUCUACCAGGACUCGUGCCUUGUAUUCCAGACCCAAGAGAUUGGUUUCAGGAUGGUAGCUGAGAGCUCUUUAGAACCGGGAAUUACAUUUUCUUUUUCUGUCUGAGAAAGGAGGCUCAUGUUGAGAUUAUAAAAAUGGAUAAAGAAAAACAAGUUCAUAAAAUAACUAUAUUCAACAUAAAUUUGUAAAUGCAUAAUAUUUUGCCACUGCAUUUCAAAGUAGGCAAGUGUUAGUCUUGCUGUUAAUUGGACACUUGUUACAUUUACUGCAUCACACAGAGAUGGACAGUGCACUUAGACAUAUGGAAGUGGACCCCCAAACACUUCAAUAUAAUUUUAAGACUGUAGUUGCCCUGAUAGAAUCAGGAAGAUUCAGUAGAGUCUACCACUCUUAUCCUGGCUUGGAAUACCCCCAAAUAAUCACCCAAAUCCAAAGUGACUCUCAACUGAGUUGUGUGAGAAAUUCUACAUGAAAAGUAAAGGGAAAAGCAGGCCAAACCCUCAGUUGCAGAGAAGUAUUAAUAACACUUCGCUUACCCAAAUAACCUUAUCCUAAAAUAUUAUCCCCAGAUUAUAAAGGUUUAUUUUUGUUCUUUCUUGAAAUCCAAAAUACUUAUUAAUUCAGUAAUUUACAUUCCAAAUCCCAAACUAUUUUUAUCCUAGAUUCUGUGAUUUCCUUGAUGAUAGAAAGCAGGUCUUAUUUGUCCUGUGGCUAGCACAGUAUCUGACAGACAGUAGACAUUCAAUAAAUGUUGUUGAAUGUUUAAUAAACUCUUUAUGAUUAAUACAGCAAAUAGUUAUCAGAAUUACUGCACAUCAUGCCCUACGUUUCAGCUGCAGCCAGAGGUCAUCGGGCAGGGAAAGUGAAAUAAAUGAAAAAUGGUCAGUCAGGUGAGAUUUUCUAAUAAAAUAUUACUAAGCAACAAGGAGAAACAUUUUAAUAGAUUUGAAGUAAUAAAUAUAUUUAAGAGGACAGGGAAGAAAGAAAAUCCACUCUUGAUCCCUAGUAUUCAGAAAUUUUUACCAGAUUAGUCAACUCUACUUAGCCCUAGUAAGUGAAAUAUUGGGAGAGCCUGGAGAGUCUAUAAAUAGAUCUUCUGUUUGUACAGGUGAAGUUCUGUAGUUUGGCUUAAAACAUCCUUGCAUGUAGUUUUGCUUGGCAUGAAAGUUAGGACAGAAUCUAUUCUGUUCUGCAAGCAUUGAACAAAAGCCCACUCUUCAUAUCCACUAUUCAUUCCUUAUAUAACACAUGGGUAUUUUCAGCCUCCUACAUAAAACACUCCAGAGGAACUUCUUUGGGGCUUGUGGUUAAGGCUAUGGAAUGGUGACAUUUUCAGGAAUGCCCCCCUCUUUUCAAACACAUGGGAACUGUCUCUUAAGUUUGGUACAGGUUUGAAGAAUAAUUAAAAUAGGCUUCCAAGUCAGUGAAUUAGCACAUUGAUUUUUUUUGGCAGAAAGCUUUCUGGAAAAUGUCUGUGAAUUGUUCAGUGAUGCUCACAUCCUUCUAAUUCAUGAGGAUGUACAAACCACUGUCCAAAGAGAUGGCUAUAUAUUUGCUUUGUAAGCAAAAGGCAUGUAUCAUAGUUGCAUCUAAAACUAGUGUCCCCAUCUUUAUCAAAGGCACUGAAUUUUACCUGUUUUUAUUUCCUAGUGUCCAGCACUUCCUCAGUAGUCUUUUUAGAUAUGUCAUAUGCCAUUUUUAUUCCUUCUCCUAAAAAUAAGUCAAUUGUCUGUACUAUAAAAUGAUGCCUGCAACUUUAUGGUGAUAUUAUCCCCUAAGUUUAAUAGUGAAAUAAGGAAAUAAAACUAUAAAUAAACA